CAUGAUCCAGCAAAAUCCUAAUGUUUCAGCAGUUACUGCACCAACAUGGACCUUAACACCAUCACCGUUGUGCGGUGGGAUUUUUCGAAACCCCCAGGGUUCGUUUUCCAGCCCUCGGUACCCAGCACAGUAUCCAGCAAACUUGGUGUGUGUCUGGUGGAUUGUGGCAGAGCUGGGCUCCGUGAUCCAGUUUAAAAUCGACUCACUCAACAUUGAGGGGCAGUCACCCUGCCACUUUGACCGGCUGGACCUUCAUGAGGAGGCAGGGGACGGCCUUCACUCUCACCAGAUAGCAAGGUUAUGUGGGAAUUCUGCCCCUCCCACUGUCAAUACCAACACAAGCAGGCUUAAAGUUUCUUUUGUAUCAGACCCAAGUGUUGGGGGACGAGGCUUCACAGCACGAUACUGGAUAAUCGCAUCAAGUGACAAGAGCUGUGCCUGGGAUGAGUUUCUGUGCGAUGAUGGCCUCUGUCUUUUCACCAGUUUUAACUGCAACAAUUUUUAUGAUUGUCUGGAUAGGACUGAUGAGGUGAACUGUGCUUAUCACCAUCAUGAUUGUGGUGGAAUUCUGACUGCUCUGGAAGGAUCUCUAGCUACACCCAAAUACCCCGAGCAGUAUCCACACAGGCAAGUGUGUGUGUGGCAUAUCUCAGUUCCUCAGGGUCACAUAAUCCAAUUGCUGUUCCAUAACUUCAGCUUGGAGGCUGCGGCAGACUGUCGGUAUGACUUUGUGGAGGUGCAUGACCGAGCUAGCAGCAGUCCCAGCAGCUUCAUGGGAAGAUACUGUGGGGACUCCCUCCCUCCAACUCUGACAUCCCCACGACAUGAGAUGCUGGUUCUGUUUGUGGCUGAUGAGGGAGAAUCAGACCUGGGAUUCUUUGCCACCUACCAUUCGGUCAACAGGAGUGAGGUGACAUGCAGCCCUCAUGAGUUCAGCUGUAUAAACGGGCAGUGUGAAGCAAUGCAAUGGGUGUGUGACGGCUGGAAUGACUGCUCGGAUGGCAGUGACGAGAUGAACUGCAGUGGUGUCACCCACCUGCCUUACGAAACCGAUUGUGAGAAGGUUGAGGUAGAGAUGUGUCAAGGCCUCAGUUAUAAUGAGACUUCAUUCCCCAAUAUCUGGCUUGGAAUUCCAGAUCAGAGAAGUGCUAUUUCUACCCUGAAAGACUACAAGCUUCUGACUGAAUUGGUCUGCUAUGAGAAUCUCCGCCUAUUGACCUGCAGCAUCUUUGUGCCCAAGUGCAUAAGGGAUGGUGGGGUAGUGCCACCCUGUCAGUCCCUCUGCCAAUCUGCAGAGAAACAGUGUCAGCACUCACUUGAAUCGCUGGGCAUAAUGUGGCCUUUCAACUGUAACCUUUUCCCAGACUCUGAUGAUCCCAUUGAAUGCGUGAGACCAUAG